GCGGGCGGGAGGCGGAAACAAUAUGGCGGCGGCGGCGGCGGGAGGUUGGCUGAGGGGAUGCGCGAAGCUGAAAAGAAAUAUGCCAGUGUAUUUGGCUCCUUGGAGGGCUUCUCCAUGUGCCUUUCGAUCCUCCAGAUCUGAACCCAUGCCAAAUCUAGCCAGUGAUGGAGUUGUCUGUGCUCCACUUCAGACAUUCACUCAAGAGGAGACAAUGCUGAAAAAUAUGGUGACAAAGUUUGCUCAGGAACGAGUUGCACCUUUGGUACAGAAAAUGGAUGAGAAUUCAAAAAUGGAAGACUCUGUAAUACAAGGAUUGUUUGAACAAGGGCUGAUGAGUAUUGAGCUUGGGGAAGAAUAUGGAGGAACUGGAGCUUCAUUUUUUUCCAUCAUAUUGGUGGUGGAAGAAUUAGCCAAAGUCGACCCAGCUGUAUCUCUUCUAUGUGAACUCCAAAAUACACUAACAAAUAAGUUGUUUACCACAUAUGGAACAGAAGAACAAAAAAGAACUUACUUGCCCAGAGUGGCUAAAGAUACGAUAGGCAGUUUCUGCCUUUCGGAGGCUGGAUCUGGCAGUGAUGCUUUCUCUUUGAAGACUCGGGCUGAAAAGAGAGGAGACUACUACGUCAUCAAUGGCUCAAAGAUGUGGAUUAGUUUAGCAGAACAUGCAGGAGUUUUCUUCGUGAUGGCAAAUACAGAUCCAUCCUUAGGAUACAGGGGAAUUACAUGCUUCAUAGUAGAUCGUGACACAGAGGGGCUACAUGUGGGGAAGAAGGAGGACAAGCUUGGAAUCAGAGCGUCUUCUACCUGUCCAGUAACGUUUGAAAACGUUAAGGUUCCUGAGACCAAUAUCCUGGGGCAGGUUGGACAAGGCUAUAAGUAUGCAAUUGGAAUGCUAAACACUGGCAGAAUAGGUAUUGCUGCACAGAUGUUAGGACUGGCACAGGGCUGUUUUGACCACACAAUUCCCUAUACAAAGGAGAGAGUCCAGUUUGGGAAAAGUGUAUUCGACUUCCAGGGGAUGCAACACCAGAUAGCUCAGGUGGCCACACAGUUGGAGGCAGCCAGGUUGCUGACCUACAACGCAGCCCGUCUUGCAGAAACAGGAAGGCCAUUCAUAAAGGAGGCAAGCAUGGCCAAGUACUACGCUGCUGAGGUUGCAACACUGACAACUAGUAAAUGUAUUGAAUGGAUGGGUGGCAUUGGCUUCACAAAAAAUUAUCCAAUAGAAAAGUAUUACCGUGACUGCAAGAUAGGUACAAUAUAUGAAGGAACUUCAAAUAUCCAGUUGAGCACCAUUGCAAAAAGCUUAGCAAAGGAGUACUGAAACCAGAAGGACUCAGGACUACUAGCGGAGUUGUUUCUCUGAACAUUCAUUGUGAAUUACACAUUUGUUUGUAAUCAUAAAAAUCAUUAAUAACAUCAUAAAUAGGAAUACCUGAUCACAGAUGAAAUCGUAAGGAAAACCAUGAACCCAUUUCAGAGCAGCGAGUGUGUAAUUCAUCUGGAAUCGUGAAUUCCACAUUCAAAUCCAAAUCGUGGGUUAAAAAGUAUUUCUUUCUGCCUGAGGGACUUCUAAGCUAACACACUGGCUGGUUGCCUUAGGUUAUGCCUGCAGUGUAUCUUCACUUUGAGACUUCAAAGUGAAAACAAAAGACGCCAAACCCUUGGCUUGCCUGGUAUGAAAGAUUCUGUUAAGCCAUCUGGGAGACAAGACACUACACACGCAGCAGAACUGUUGCAGGGUAUGAAGCUGCUGUUUGUUCAUGAUGCCCUUUAUUAGCAUGGAGAAGAGAGAGAAAUAGAAGUGAUAGUUUCCUCUCUCCCAGGUGGAGUGAUGUCUGUGGAGCUGCUGUAAUUGGAGUAAUUUUUAUA